GAUCGUCUGCCCCGGAAACCUUUCUCUCGUUACUUCCGUGGAAGGUUUGCUUCCCUUCUCCCUCCUGUGACAUCCUGUCAGCUCUUAGCAUAAACCCAACAGAAUAAGUGACGCAGAAGCGAGACCACAGAGGUCAACCUAUAUAUAUAGUAGGGCUUCUAACAAGGCAGUGCCGGAGUCACAUUUUCUUGGUCGGAGAGGUGCACGCUUAACGAUAGGGACCAAUCUGAGCUUAGUAGCUACGUGCUUGCGCCGAUCAGCAUGGACGCCACCGCGAGGGAAGCGCAGAGUGGUCUGGAGUGGCGGGUGACGGUACCGGAGGGCGCGUCGGUGACGGUGGAGUACGAGUCUGGCCUGGCCGGGAGAGCGUGGGCGUGGCUGGUCUCCUGCGUGGCCGUGCUCGGAGCCAAGGUGUCCGGCUUCGCGAAGAAGGUCUGGAAGAUCGGCGCCGAUGAUCCCCGGAGGGCGGUGCACAGCCUCAAAGUGGGCUUGGCUCUCACCUUGGUCUCCGUCUUCUACUACACCCGGCCGCUGUACGAUGGCGUCGGCGGGGCUGCCAUGUGGGCCAUCAUGACAGUCGUGGUGGUCUUCGAGUAUACUGUUGGCGGCAGCGUGUACAAGGGGUUCAACAGAGCCGUCGCGACGGCGAGCGCCGGAUUGCUCGGGCUCGGCGUGAGCUGGGUGGCGAGCAAGUCUGGCGACAAGCUCGAGCCGAUCAUCACCACUGGCUCCCUCUUCUUGCUUGCUGCGGCGGCCACGUUCUCGCGGUUCAUCCCGACGGUGAAGGCGCGGUUCGACUACGGCGUGACCAUCUUCAUCCUCACCUACAGCCUGGUGGCCGUGUCAGGGUACCGCGUGGAUGAGCUGCUGGCGCUGGCGCAGCAGCGCCUCGUCACCGUGGCCAUCGGCAUCUUCAUCUGCCUCGCCGUCACCGUCCUCGUCUGGCCCGUGUGGGCCGGCCAGGAGCUGCACCUCCUCACCGUGCGCAACAUGGAGAAGCUCGCCGACUCCAUCGAGGCCUGCGUCGACGACUACUUUGCCGCCGACGCCGAGGAGGAGGAGAAGCGCGACCCCAAGGCCAGCAAGUCGGAGGGGUACAAGUGCGUGCUCAACUCCAAGGCGUCCGAGGACUCGCAGCGGAACCUGGCGCGGUGGGAGCCCGCGCACGGCAAGUUCGGCUUCCGCCACCCCUACGGCCAGUACCCCAAGCUCGGCGCCGCCAUGCGCCACUGCGCCUACUGCGUGGAGACCCUGCACAGCUGCGUCGGCGCCGAGGUCCAGGCCCCCGAGCACGUCAAGCAGCUGCUCAGCGACGUGUGCACGAGGCUCGGCGCGCAGUGCGCGCGGGUGCUGAAGGAGGCGUCGCGGUCCAUCGCCGCCAUGACGGUGUCCCGGGAGCUGGACUUGGCAGUUGCCGAGAUGGGCACGGCGGUGCACGAGCUACAGGGCGACCUGCGGGACCUCCCGUUUAGCCUGGCCAAAGAACCAGGAGAGGCGUCGCUGAUCGACGCCAUGCCGCUCUUCACCAUGGCGUCGCUGCUGACGGAGAUAUCGGCGAGGAUCGAGGCCGUCGUCGAGGCCGUCGAUACGAUGGCCAGCGUCGCAGGGUUCAAGCAGCCCGAAGAUGAUGACGAAAAAAAGGGAGAUGCUGAGUUGAAACUGAAAGUGCACCCAGUGAACGAGUCGGAUUCCGACGAGCCACCUGAAAACAACAGGAGCAAAGCAACCGUCUGAGCAAGCGUAAACAUCUAUGAAACCAAGUGCUCGAUACCAGACUACGUACAGGAGUAUGAUCAGACUUAACCUGACAAAACCAUCGAAACCCUUAUAUGUUCUGUCGGUAGUAGUUAUACGUACAUUCUUGUUUAUAACGUUGGUUAUUAUUUUCCGCGGAGAGCUUCACAUCCGCGGCAAUCAGGUCGAAUAAAACAGGCUUAUGAUGUUCA